GCUUUGUGACGGUGGCCGACCUACUGGCCAUUGAGCCCCUCUUUGGCAACGUGCAGAAAGAGGACCUCCUGGAAGUGGUUGAGAUCUCCAACUCCGAGAAGCAGCGGUAUGAGCUGAUCCAAGAGCCGGAGCGGUGGCUCAUCCGGGCCACUACCAAGCAUACCAUGGAGGGCAUCGCUCCGAAGCCAAAGAAGUCGCCCAAGAGGAACAGCAAGGACCGAAGUGGGCGCGCUUUCACCGACGAAGAUGAGUUUUGCUCAAACUGGAGGCUUGACCGGAUGGCGAAGCAGCGGUUGAGUGAGCUGCCUGAAGCCAGCCGGCAGCAGGCGAUGCAGCGCUUCAACCCUGGACCGGAGGUCCCGGAGUCUGAUUUUCCGAAGCUCUUCGUUGCCUUCCUAAAGAGGUUCAAGACGAAGGACGGUGGUGACGGCGACGAGGGUAACCGAAGUCCUACAUCGGCCUCGCGCCGAAAGAACAAGGAAUCUACGCCCACGAGCCGAACGAGCGAGGGCAAAGAAAAGGACCCGGAGUCUGCGGGCUCUGAUCACGAACCUUUCAGUGGCCUGGCCCUGUAUCACAGCCCCGGGUCCACACCGCGAAGCUACGAUGGCGAUGUUCCGAGUCAGGCCUUCGCCCACGAGCAAGCCCAUGACGGCAUCCUUCCCCAUGCGGCAGGGCCCGGCAUCUCCACAGCAGCGGCAGAUGCAGCAUUUGGGCACAGUCCCGCAGCAGUUUCCACAGUUCCAGCCCCAAUCUCCACAGUCUUCAUCGCAGAUGUCUCCAUCGCAGAUGUCUCCAUCGCAGAUGACGCCACCCCCACCGGCGCAUGCACCACAGGCUUCGCCGCAAGCAGCAAGAACAGGUUCCACGUGCCGGGCAUUUUGCAGAGCAGAAGGGAUCCCAGGCCUGCUGUGAUCCCGGCGGAGUCCCGCCCAGCUUCUUGGCGGCAGGAAGGCGGCGCUGGGGAGGACUUCCCCAUGCCGGCCGGGCUUCCAGCAGGAGCUUUGGACCCCGCAGCGCUGGGCUUCCCGCUUCCGCCCGGGGGCUUCCCUGGGCUGCCGCAGUCCAUGCCGGGCCUUGCCGCGGCCACCUCUGCCCCACCGGCGGCUCCGGGGGCGCCCGGGGCGCCCGGGGCGCCUGGGGCGCCGGGGGCGCCAGGGGCCCCGGGGUCUCUCGGAGCGCCCGCGCUGUCGAUGCCGGGCGGCCUGCAACUGCCUCCUGGCUUGCAGCUGCCUCCUGGGCUGCAGCUGCCACCCGGAUUGCAGCUUCCCCCAGGCCUGCAGCUCCCCCCAGGCCUGCAGCUGCCACCUGGCUUGCUGCCAGGAGGAGCGGACCCCAAGGCAGGCCUUCUGGGCUUGAAGCUGCCCCCGCCGCCCCCGGGCCUGCUGGCUGCCGCCGGGUUGCAGCUGCCGGGCAUGCCCGGUGGGCCAACAAUGCCCAAGCUGCCGGGCAUGCCGCCGCCCCCGGGGUCUUUAGACUCCGAGGCCCUGGCGCAGAUGAGGUUUCAACAAGUUGCUACAGAGUAUGAGCAGAUCAAGAGUGCCGGCAUUGACCCGCAAGUGGCAGAGCUUGCAGAGUAUCAUGGCUUAGAUGAACGAGCAACUCGCGCACUUGAUGAGGAAAUGAAGAGGCGAAGAGACACGUUUGAGUCAGACUUGCAAGCUCUUUGGGUUGGCCUUGAAGGGGCCAAGAACCCGUCAGGAAUGCUGAUGAUGAAGCUCAAAGACAUGCGAAUGGGCACCUUCAAAGGAAUGACCGCGCUGGACAAGAAGAUCCACGACUUUGCCAAGAGAAAUCGCCUAGAUGCACAGGCUGCUGUAAAGCUCGCAGAGGUCCUUCAGAAUCGUUGUGACGUGGACAACGACUUGGCAAAGCUGGCGAAGCACUUGGAGCGUUCCAAUAAGCCCUCCUCCCUGGUGAUGAUGAUGCUGCGGGACCUUCGGGAGGGCAAGCCCAUCAAGGAGCCUGAGUAUCAGCCUGCGAUUGGCAGCAAGGCGCAGAGUGGCAGGGGGUGCCUUGCUGUGUAA